CAAGGACGCGACUGCCUCGCGACACUCCCGACGGGUUUCGGCAAGAGCAUGGUGUACCAACUGCCCGCGAUGUGGCGCGAGGAGAUGGACCGACCCGGCGUCACCGUCGUCGUGACGCCCCUCCUUUCGCUCCUGCGAGACCAGCUCCGGGGAUGCGAAGAUCUAGACCUGAACGCCGCUGCUUGGUGCGGGACCGCGGACAAACGCGACACGGAACGGAUCGACCGAGACCUUCGCCUCGACGCCGACGACGGGGGACCGGGAAUUCGGCUCCUGUACACCACGCCGGAGAGCCUCGGGUCGAACGCGCGCCUCCGCGACGCGCUUCGAGCGUGCGCGCGCAACGGAUUCCUGACGUCAAUCGCCGUGGACGAGGCGCACUGCGUCGCCAGCUGGGGCCACGACUUCCGCCCCGCGUACCUCGCGCUGAAGGACUUCAGGGACGAUGUCGUGGGUCCCGGCGUGCCCUUCCAGGCGCUCACGGCGACGGCGACGCCGAGGGUCAAGGAGCAGAUCGUCUCCGCGCUCGGGCUCAGAGACCCGGCGCUCAUCGCGACGUCGCUGAACAGGCGCAACCUGCGGUACGAGGACGUCGCCCUGGCGCACCUCGCGGCGAUGGCGAAGGAGACGAAGGAGAGGUGGCCGGGUUCCGCCGGGAUCGUGUACGCGAGAACCCGCGCGGAGUGCGAGCGGCUCGCGGCGCUCCUUCAGGACAAACACGACGUGGAUUGCGAGGUGUUCCACGCGGGACGUACCGGGGAGGCGCUGGCCAGGACCCAGGGGAACUGGGCGGGCGGGGACGUGCACUGCGUCGUGGCGACGGUUGCGUUUGGGAUGGGCGUCGACAAAGCCGACGUUCGGUUCGUCGCGCACUGGGGUCCGCCGACAACCCUGGAGGGACUGUACCAGGAGAGCGGACGGGCCGGGAGGGACUCGAACCCCGCGCGAUGCGUGAUGUACGUCGGGUCGAACGAGCUCGACGAGCUGAGGAAGGUGACUGGCGGUGGCGGUGACGCGCACGCAGCCGUGGACGCGUACGCGCGAGGCGUCUCGCGGUGCCGGCGCGUCGGAUUGCUCGAACACUUCGGCGAGCGCCGCGCGGGCGGGUGCGGCGAGGGCGAGGAGAGGUGCGACGUGUGC